CAUGAAUCCCGAAGUGGCCGCAACAGCAAUUUCAGCCUUGACCAUAUCGUUAAAUUCAACUCUCAUCAUCCUGCACGUACUAGCAAAUCUUCUAGAGUACAAAAGUGCUCCUGAAGUGAUCGCUCCUGUUCAACAACUAGAGUCUUAUGUCACUUUUAACACCUACUGAGGCUCAUGCCUUUCAGAAAUUCCUUUCAUCACUUGACACCACCGACUUUUCAGCGGGAUGGAAUAUGCAACUAGAAGUCUCGCAUGAGCAUAUGCCGCCAGCUCACGGGAAAGAAGCGUUGGCUCAAGCAACCAAAGACCUCAUGUCGCUGGAUACGGAUAAAUGGCGGUAUCCACUCGCUCGCUCUCCUUCAUCUCGUGAGUCCCCGUCGGAGCCACCGGUUACCCGGCAUCCCCAGUCGCAGUCAAACUCCUUGUCAUUUCUCUAUUCUACCCGUCGAGAGCGACGCGUAGAGGGCAAUGACGCCUCUACAGGCCAUUCCCAUCCGCCGCCCUCCCGCAGUCGCACACACAUACCCCCUCUCCAACGAACCGUGGAUCCUUCAUCAGUCUCCACAAGAACUAGAGCAAGAACGUUCGCGUUCGAGAAUAUAUCAUCUUCCUCGUCAAGCCAGUCUCCUAUUGAUCCGUCUUCCUCAGUUUCAUCCUUCUCUACGCACCAUACCACUCCCACACCGCUCUCAUCGAAUAAACGAUCCACACCACCGGAUCAUAAUGUAUCGAAUAAACGGCGACGACAGUCGUCAGUCACAUCGCAGCAAUUUGCGAGUGACGCUGGUAGAUCAGCGACGCUUCUAUCACCCUCACAGAAAAAAGCAAAUCAUAUACAAUCGGAGCAGAAGCGAAGAGCUAAUAUAAGAAAGGGUUACGAGGCUUUGUGCGACAUCGUUCCAUCUUUACGAGAAGCCAUGUUGGCUGAGGCGAUGGAAGAAGAAGAAGCGGUCGCGAACGGGAAGAAAGCUGGCAGACGACGGUGUAAAGGAAAGGCAGCAAAUGACGACGGUGAGAAGGUCGAUGGGAGGGCCGGUCCAAAAAGCGAACAUGUCGUGCUUUCAAAGACUAUCGAUUACGUUACAGAGCUUCUGGCGGAGCAUGAUGUCUUCAAGCAACGCCUAAUGGUGGCGAGAAGCGCCCUCCCCCUUGAUCAUCCAUUAUUACAGCGUCACCCCGACGCUCCGCCCCCACUAUGGGAACGAAAAUGGACUGGUGGUGAAGCAAAGGAUGUUGACGAGGAGGACGAUGAAGAAUCAUAGCUCAAAAUAAAAUGUCACUGAACGCCUCAUAGUAUUUAUGGGUUCAAGUUCGUCGUCUUGCAAGGGUCUAGAGUUGGACACGUAUUAUAUCAGACUCGCUUCAUUAUGUAUAAUAUGUCACUUUUAAUUCGCUGUCUGCACGACCUUGCGGAAGCGGGACAAA